AUGAACAACCCAAGGAGGCAGACGUUCACGAUCGAGCUCCAGCCGCGACUCGUUCGGGGCCUCAAGGACGAGGUCACUGCCGCCUCUUGGGCCCCAUACCUGCUUUCUGAGUAUGUGGCCACGGACCUCAGGAAGCAUCUGGACGGUCUCGUGGCCGACGCUGAACGCCAGGGCAGAGCCACUCAGACGAAGCAGGUUCACAGCUCGUAUGCAAUACCGCAACGAUGGUCGCUCCUGCCACUCUUGGUCCGCAAGAGGAGAGGGCACUGGGACGUACGUUGCCAGCAACAGGCCGCCUCACUUCUACACAAAUCAAUGGUCGUUGCGAAGUGUUCCGUCCGAGUGUGCAGCGCCAGGACAACGUUCUCUCUGGCGGCUCUUCUCUGGCGAGCCAUGAGGACGAGGGUAUUUGGUGACUUCCUGGUAUCGAGCGCCUCAUCUCAGCUGAGAGGAACGCUUCCCUAGUAUAGGGUGUCCCGUCAUUGAGCAUUGUCCUGAAGAUGACCUCGGGAUACG